GUGCAUAAAUUUGAUGAUUGUGUCUUUUUAUUAACAACUCUCAAUUUGAGCUGUUUGAGUAACUUGUCUCCGAAGACUUUUAAUUAUUUUUAGUUAAUCUCGUCUAAAUCUGGAGUUUAAUCAUCACAAUUACAAUUCUGAUAUAAUUUUUGUAUUCAUCCAAACUUUUUACUUUCAUUAUGAAUCUAUCGAACAUCGAUAUAACCUUUAGCUUCGCGGAGUUGAAAAGGUUUCGUUUUAUUUUUCUCCAAACGAAUCAUUUGUUUUGUUUUGAUUUCUUCUCCAACUACAAAACUCAUUCCUAAAGAUAAACCCUUCCAACCUGAUAACCAGAACAAUGAAUUGGUAAUAUACAUGGAUUAUUUACAUCUCCCAUCGUAAACAAGCAAAGCCAACAUCUCUGUUGACCGGAAUCAGAGAUUGACUCUCCUCCUUAACCUCUCACUAUUACAGUUAAUCAUUGUCAGCCAAAAAGUCAACAAACGCAAGUAAAAAAGGCCAAAUCCUGAUUUAUUCCUGUUUUUUUUCAAUCAAAGAACGUUUCUUCCAAAGUGAUCACAAAAAAACACUUAAGCCCAUUUAAUAAUAAUUCAAGUAUUGUCCAUCAAAUAAUCAUAAGAGUGGUUUUAAUCUUGUUCAUUAUAUACCUGUCCUAAAGGCUUUACUAAUCCAAAUUGAUUAAAUAAUUCAUCCCACAAGUUUUCAUAUCAUUAUAAAGCAACUUCAAGUCUACAAAUGGCAGUUAACAUAGCUGGAGUUUUUUCAGUUGUGAUAUUUUACAUAAUUAUCUUGAUUGUUGGCAUUUGGGCUGGAAGAAAGAAAAAAUCUGACAACAAUGAACUGGAAACUGAAGAGGUUAUGUUGGCCGGUCGAAAUAUUGGCUUGUUUGUUGGUAUAUUCACCAUGACAGCAACUUGGGUUGGAGGCGGUUAUAUCAAUGGAACAGCUGAAGUAAUUUACACUAGUGGAUUAAUCUGGUGUCAAGCUCCUUUUGGUUAUGCCAUGAGUUUGGUUGUUGGAGGAUUUUUUUUUGCAACCAAAAUGCGGGAACAAGGAUAUGUAACCAUGUUGGAUCCUUUUCAAGAGAUUCUUGGAGGACGAAUGGGUGGCCUUUUGUUUUUACCCGCACUUUGUGGUGAAAUAUUCUGGUCAGCGGCUAUUUUAGCUGCACUCGGGGCCACUGUUUCUGUUAUCAUUGACAUGGACAACGACACAUCAAUAAUUUUAUCAGCUAUCAUUGCAAUCAUUUAUACACUUUUUGGUGGCCUCUAUUCUGUCGCUUAUACUGACGUUAUCCAGCUUUUCUGUAUUUUUAUUGGACUAUGGUUGUGUAUUCCCUUUAGCCUUAAUCAUCCUGCAGUGAAAAGUUUUUCCCCUGAAAUCCAUGAUUGGUUUGGUGACCUUCCAGCCAGACAAUUUGGUCGAUAUCUUGAUUAUGCUCUUCUCUUAAUACUGGGCGGUGUUCCUUGGCAAGUUUACUUCCAACGAGUUCUUUCCUCGAGGUCCGCUUUCAAGGCAAAAAUGCUUUCAUAUGUAGCAGCUUUUGGUUGCAUUGUUAUGGCCAUUCCUUCAAUGAUAAUUGGUGCAGUUGCAAGAGUUACAGUAUGGGAAGAGACAGAUUUUAAGCGUCCUUUGGACGAUUCUCAUACUUCAUUAGUUUUACCAAUGGUAUUGCAAUAUUUAACUCCGCCGUUUGUACAAUUUGUUGGCCUUGGAGCUGUAAGUGCAGCAGUUAUGUCUUCUUCCGAUUCAUCUCUUCUCAGUGCAUCAUCAAUGUUUGCCCGAAAUGUUUAUAAACUUAUGAUCAGAUCAAAUGCAUCUGAACACGAAGUAGUUUGGGUUAUGAGAGUUUCAAUAAUUGUUGUUGGUGCCAUUGCCACAACUAUGGCACUCUAUGUCAAAUCAAUUUAUGGUCUUUGGUACCUUUCAUCAGAUAUUGUUUACGUUGUUCUAUUUCCUCAAUUAGUUUGCGUUGUUUAUUUUAAACGUCACUGCAACACUUAUGGGUCCUUAGCAGCGUAUGUUCUUGGGUUCCUGCUUCGUGCUCUUGGCGGUGAAAAAACUAUCGGUAUUCCUCCACUAAUUAAAUAUCCCUUUUACUCGGAAAGUGAUGGUCAACUCUUCCCAUUUCGUACUUUUGCCAUGCUAACAUCUUUUGGUACUUUAUUGGGUGUCUCCACCUUGACCAAACAUCUAUUCGAGAAAAAUAUUCUACCUGCUAAGUAUGACUUUUUUCAUUGUGUGAUCAACAUACCUGAAGAUGCUGUGGUUGUUGGUGAACCCCAAGAAGGUGAAUUAUCAGUUCUCAAUUUAUCAAUUGCAAAAAAGUACCAACUAUCAGAAGCUAAUGGUCGAAUCAAUCCAGGACUUUCAACUGAUUAUGAAGAGGAAGAAACAAAAGCAAAAAGCUAUGGAGGAACAGGUAAACUAGUUGCUAGGCCUGGAUUGGAAGAUAAGUUUAGUUCAUUCAAUGAUGAUAGACCAUCGAUUCGACGAGAUAGUUAUAAAAGACUCGUAGAAAGACCAUCACCAAUAUCAGGACCUGAACAAGAUUUAACUACCCAAGUUUCCAAACUUUAAAUAAUAUUUUUAAGGGCUCAAACCAACCAAAGACUAUUGCCAUGUUACGUAAAUUAAGAGCUAAUCAUAAGAGAAACAAAAUAUUUCAUAGAAGGAUAAAAAUUUAACUAAAACCAAUUCAAUGGAUUAUCAAUUAAAACUUAAUGGUUGUGACCUGAUGCCGUUCAAAAAUGGGAACCGAAUUCCCGAAUUACCUGGCUACCAGAUAAUUUCAAGUCAUUUCAAGUAAACAUAUUAAUCAAUGGAUAAAAGAAAUUUUGGUGAUAAUAUUUCGAUCAACAAAACUAAACGAAAUACUCAAAGGUUGUGAAAAAAAUAAAAUAAAUUUUCUGUUUUCAAUGUUGAAACUAAUAUUACUGUUAGAAUCGAUUGUUUGCAAUUAAAAGUCAAAUGACGAAAAUGUAGUUUUAACUAAUCUUCAUAAAGGUUUAAUUUUGGUCAAAACAAUAAAAUACUGUAAUAGAUGUGA